AUGGCAAAAGAAAUGGGGGUGGAUGCAGAGUACAUCAAGGAAAUUGAGAGGGCUCGCAGAAGCCUUCGAGCUCUGAUUUCAAGCAAGAACUGUGCUCCUAUUAUGCUCCGUUUAGCGUGGCACGAUGCAGGGACUUAUGAUGCUAAGACAAAGACAGGAGGUCCCAAUGGAUCGAUCAGGAACGAUGUUGAGUUGCAACACGGUGCUAACAAUGGCCUGAAAAUUGCGGUUGAUCUUUGUGAGGAGAUAAAAGCUAAUCAUCCUAAGAUUACAUAUGCUGAUCUCUACCAGCUGGCUGGAGUUGUAGCAGUUGAAGUCACCGGAGGACCUACCAUAGAUUUUGUCCCAGGUAGAAAGGAUUCUAUGGUUUCCCCUGAAGAAGGCCGCCUUCCUGAUGCCAAUAAAGGUGCAUCUCAUUUGAGGGAUGUCUUCUGUAGGAUGGGUCUUUCUGACAGGGAUAUUGUGGCACUGUCUGGAGGCCACACAUUGGGUAAGGCUCAUAAGGACAGAUCAGGUUUUGAAGGCCCCUGGACCCGUGAACCUCUGAAAUUCGACAAUUCGUAUUUCGUGGAGCUUCUGAAAGGGAAUUCAGAAGGCCUAUUGAAACUUCCCACUGACACCGUUUUGGUAGACGAUCCUGAAUUUCGGAAAUAUGUUGAAAUUUAUGCCAAUGAUGAGGAGGCAUUCUUCAAAGAUUAUGCAGCAUCUCACAAGAAGCUUUCAGAGCUAGGAUUUACUCCACCGUCCUCUUGUUCCAAGUUAAUCAACAACAGCACUGCAUUGGCACAGAGCGCCGUCGGAGUAGCUGUUGCAGCUGCUGUGGUCAUCUUCAGUUAUUUCUUUGAAAUUAAUAGAAGAGCCAAGUGA